UGGACCGCGUCAAUAAUAAUCGCUCUCUUUCGGUCAGAACGUGGGACGUUUCAGAAGGGAGCUCUCCAUGUGAUUGAUUCCGUGAGUUUCUUCAUCAGCGGCAGGCAAGGCAGCUGCAGUUCCCCUCAUAAACACACUCAUAAAGCCAGUGUGCAAGAAGGAGCAAGGACGUCCCUUUUCGCAAGCAAACCGGAGAUGCCAAGCGUGUGCACUUAAUAUAAUAGUCUGCCAUUGCAAGAUAACUUCAUUUCCUUGAGUCUUAUUGUCGUUUUUGGAAGAUUCCAAUCGCCGGACAGAUCUGGCAACAAAGGACUAUUUCUCCUGCUGGAGACCUCGAGGAUAAAAAAAGGCAGGAAUUUAAAGCCAUUAUCAUGGAUUUUGUUAUGAAGCAAGCUUUGGGAGGAGCCACCAAAGACAUGGGGAAAAUGUUGGGUGGGGAAGAGGCUGAGAAGGACCCUGAUGCGGAGAAAAAGGAGGAGGAAAGACAAGAGGCACUUCGACAACAGGAGGAGGAGAGGAAGGCAAAAUAUGCAAAAAUGGAAUCGGAGAGAGAAAACGUACGACAGGGCAUCAGGGAUAAGUACGGCAUCAAGAAGAAGGAGGAGAAGGAAGCCGAGGCCCAGGCUGCUUUGGAUCAGGCAGCAGAGGGAAGUCUUACCCGCCCCAAGAAGGCCGUCCCAGCCGGCUGUGGUGAUGAGGAGGAGGAAGAGGAAAGUAUCAUGGACACGGUCAUGAAAUUCCUCCCUGGCCCAUUUAUGGAUAUGUUCAAUAAAAAGUAACAGCGUUGGCGAUAUUAGAUUGUUAACCUUCCAACAUACAUAACCAAGGCCACCACCUCAACCAACCGUUCUUCACCCAUACAUCCCUGUUUCUAAGAGCCCUGGAUUUGAUCAGCGCACCGUAAUAUUUGUCCUUAACUUAAAUGAUAAAUGAUCCGAUCUAUCCAUGUGUUACAUUGUCUUGUUUGGAAGGAAGACCACUGAUUGGUGAUACCAUGACGUGAUGUAUGAACCUGUGUAACAUCUGCAUAGAUCCAAUACCUUCACUUAAAGACAAAUUUGAUGACAGGUUUUCAAGGUGUCCAGGCCUUAGAAUGUGAUCUGAUAAACUAUAAUCCACCAUUUUUGUUUGUAAAUAAUAGCCACUGGAUUAAAAUGAAUAUAUGUGAGUACCAGAAAAUAUAUAAAGAGUAUAAGCCAUAAUCUAAACAUUUAAGACAUUCUCCAAAUCAGAUAAACAUUUGAUUACAUUUAGCUGUUUUAUUCUUGAUAAUAUUACAUUUACAUUUACAUUUAAGUCAUUUAGCAGACGCUCUUAUCCAGAGCGACUUACAAUAUUGAUAUAUCCAUGUAGUUUUUAUUGGUUCUUCAUUGAUCAUUUUAAUACUGUUCUCUGCCCCAAAACAUUCAUAGGUUUUAAUGUUGAAAAUGAUACUGGUAAUUGUAACAAUGUUGUAAACCAUAAAGAAAAUGGAUCAUUCACUCAACAACAUAUGUUUUUCAAGCAUGCCGUUGAUAGAUUUUGUGGAGUACAGUACAUUUACAAAUUCCAUUACAUUUGGUAUGAUUAAGUGAAAUACAUUAAUAUUUAAGGCAAUAACUCUGGUUUUCAAUUUUGUUUCGAUGACACUACUAUGUACGGUAGGCUAUACAUAGACAUCCUAACUGUUCUUCCUUGAGAUGAUAGAUGUCCUCGAUAAAAAUGCUCAACAAAAAAAAAACAAUGAUAUACCUGUGCUUAAUAUAAAGCCAUAGUUCUAUGUCUUGUUGCUAACUCGAUCUGCUUGGCUCAUAAACAGUAGGACUUGUGAGAAUCAAAUCCAGCAAAUACAAUUGGACGUAGAGGGCUAUAUGUUAACUAUUCUAAUUUCCAUAUCUGUAAAUAGAUUUACUUGAUGUACUUUUAGUUUUCUCAACCACAACUAUGUUGUGAACACACUUUAUGUGAACAGACAGUGACAAUGGUGCAAUAUAUUGUUCGAAAUGAAGUUGUCCUGUGUCCGUUGGUUAACUAAAGGGAGUGCAAUCCCGAAUCAGCAAAGACAGACAAUCUUCAUUGUUAUGUGUUGAGCUUAAUACAUGUUGUGUGUUUGUGUGUAUAGACACAACGUUGUCUAACUCGUAACGGAGAAGCAUAUGACUUCAGUCUGAAGUGUUUCAUUUUGCAAAGUGGGGAAAGAGGUGGACGAUUUGUUUAGUGUAGGGUGUUUUAUCGCAUUGAUCAUUUCAACCAGUGCGGGUCAUUGUCUCUCAGUGGGAUUUGGUUUGUGGUUCUUCCAUACCAUGAAUUUGUGUUCUAAACUUUACAGAGAUUGCAGGACAAGGCCGUUUCUGCUAAUAACUUGAGAGGCAUGCGUACACCAUAGGAAACAGUUGUCCUUCGACAUGUUCCUCUAUGUGUUGCCAAUGUUUUCCCCAGAGGUCAAUAUGUACAUUUCCCCAGACGUUUCUGUCAGUUGUACCACAGAACUCUAAAUGUUUGAAGUUCUUUCAUCCCUUUCCUUCAAUUUCUUAAUUUAAAAUGCAUUAAGCUGUAGUGUACAUUCCAAAUAUUUCAGACAUUCCAUAGGGCCUGUGCAGGCUUCAUAGGAUCUAGGACAACAAAUAUGACAAUUUUGUCGUUAGUAUGAAGAGAAUGGCUUUGAUGCUCUUCUGUAAUUGUGGGGAUUUAUUUUAUUGUGUUGAGGUAGAUACAACACAUGACCAAGUAAAUGUCAAUAGCUAACUAGCCUGCCAUGUACAGAAAAAAAGUCCAACAUGUAAUCAAAGAGAAAUACAAAAUGUGCUACAGCAGCUAGCUAACUUAUAGAGUGCUGGCUAACAGAUAGAUUGUUAAGCCUUUAUUUUGGCAGUGAACAAGCUAGCUAGCUAGCAUUUUUCAAUGACGCACAAUCCGAGUAACCGUUUGCUUUCAGUGCCAUUGUAAUUUGCUUACAAACCAAUGGAUGUUGAGUGUACUAGGCAAGUAUCAAGCAGUUUACCGAUGGCAUUUGUGAAACUGCCACUGUUUAUAUCAGCCCAGCGUUGAUGCUAGUUAGAUUCAAGAUUAGCCUUUAGAAACCUGCCAAGUGUGAUUCUGGGGCCUGUAGUAGCUGUGGAAUAGAGAAUAAAAUCUGCAUGAUGUAAAACCUAGCUACAUAGUAUGCUCUUAAACCUUCAUGCCAAUUGCCUACAAAGUGUGUAGAUAGACAUAUGAAAGACGCAACAUUAAGGUCAUUUAUAGAGCACAUUUAUUGAACUUCCUGUGACUUUUAUGUACUUGUGAACUGCCUUCGGCCUCUAAUUUAUCAAUGUGGUAAAACGUGGCUGAUUAACGACCAAUACUUGUUGAGAUUAUACAAUUAUACCACUUCUCUUUAUUUGUCAUUGGCACAUGCAUGCAUCGACAGCCGUCAAUUAAUCAUUGACAUGUUUUUCUUCUAUCAAAAACCAAAGAAUAGUCUUGUUAGUGAUAGACUGUCUCACCAAGUUCAUAUUUGACAUUUCGUCAUGUUUUGUUAAUUGAAAUUCUCAGGUAUUCUAGCUUUUCUUUUGUACGUUUUUACCCAUUACAUUUUGUAGUGUUCACGUAAUGAUCACAACAGAUUUAGAAAAUGUAGUAUUUCAUUAUUAGCACCCAAGCACAUAGCGUCUUUCAUUCACGAGGAUAAUGGACAGAUAGCGUCUGGUUUGACCCUUGUCCAUGAAUACAAAGCUACUGGAACUGCCCAUCCCGACAAGGUUUUCCAGCAAUUUACAGUCUGAAAUUCUGUCAAAGUUCCAGAUUUCCUUCUUGGAACAUGUUGUAGAACAUUAUUCAAUUUCUGAAAGUGCUCACCUUUUAACUACAAAAUGGCAUCACUGCCUUAUGGUCAUCAUCACCUAAUUACUCCACAUUGCGCAAAAGAAAUAGCCACUUAUUGACCACUGCCUGAAGAAACAAGUCACAUGUCUAAUAAAAAUGUGUUAGCGAUUCUAUGGUUGCAUUUACACAGGCAGCCCAAUACUAUUUUUUUCUGCUAAUUGAUCUUUUGACCAAUCAAAUCAACUCUGAAAAAAAUCUGAUGUGAUGAGAUCUGAUGUGAUUGGAUAAAAGACCAAUUUGUGGGAAAUAAAUAUCAGAAUUGGUCUGCCUGUGUCGACGCAACCUAAUAUAAAACAUGUCAGAUUACUGUUCAUCCACUCAUUCUCACUUUUUAAGUUAAACCAUUCUUUCAUUUUAACCCUCAAUUAACCAUUGAUAUGAUAAAAAAACUGCCUGACAAAAAUGCCACUUAAAAUAUUCCUUUGUUGUGACUUGAAUGUAACUGUCUGAUGUUUCUAUCUUCGCAUAGUCUUUGACUGUUUAUAACUGUGUUGAGAAGAUGCUUAUUCUGGUGCAGUUUUAUGUCUGUAUCAUUCCUGUUUACGUCCACUGGUGGUUGGUUGUUCUUCGAGAAAUCUGUAUCUUUUGUAUUUUUUGUAUUGUAAAAUCUUCUCACCCUUCUCUCUCUCGCUCUCUCUCUCUAUCCAUCUAUUUGUUGACAAUUGUAUGCAUGCAUAUGGUGUGAGAUGUAGGCAAGGUUGUUAAGAUAGUUGUUUGUGUCUUCCGUGUCGAUAAGCUCCACCUGACAGCCUCGCUGCAUGCCAUUUCAGGCUGAUCUUUUAGUCUCUGUAACAUUCCUGCCAAAAUGGAAUCACCGCACACUCUGAGAAUAAAGUGAUUUCGUAUAAUUGUU